AGACAAGCGGACCCGGACCCGAACAAUAGGCCAAGAAGCUGCUGGAGGCUGGAGCCUCUGUUUUAACUUUCGACCCUAUCAGGCUGGCAUCUCUCCCCACGAGCAGCCGCCCCCAGGUCUAGGGUUCCCUCUUUCUUCUUCUCCACGCGAAUCAGCUAGAUACUAGAACCAGCAUCGAUGGCGGCGGCAGCACCGGCGGACGCGAAGGCGGAGGCCGCCAAGAUGGACCUCCUCGAGGACGACGACGAGUUCGAGGAGUUCGAGAUCGACCAAGAAUGGGAUGACAAGGAAGAUGGCAACGAAGCUGUCCAGCAAUGGGAGGAUGACUGGGAUGACGACGACGUGAAUGACGAUUUCUCACUGCAGCUGAGGAAAGAGCUGGAGGGAGGCAACACUCAGAAGAGCUGAACUACUUCCCCAUCCAUAUCAAAGCUGUAGUACACUUUAUCUUCGAUCAGGCACUGUGUGGCCACUGCUCUCUGAACCUGCGAUACUUCCCUAGCAAUAUCAAGCUGUGAUACUUAUCUUCGUUUCAGUACUGUGUAUCAGACUUUGUACCGUACUGCAUGUAGUUAUCGGCUGCGAGCAGCACAACUUGUGGAACAGUGAUAGUUACCAGACAGUAUCGCAAUUACCCGGAAGUUUGUCGA